CGCUCGCGUGUGUGAGUCAAAAGCACCGUGUCCAUCACGAGAGUCUCUCGUCGCCCUUUAAUUUCCCGAUCCGGGAAUCUCUGUCACAUUCACUGUUCCUCCGCCGGAGAGCUUCGAUUCUCUGAUCAAAUCACCGGGAAAAAAGGAAACCACCGAAAAAUGGAUGCCGGUGCCGGAAGACUGGAUCUGGACGGGAGGCUGAUAAAGCCGAUGACGAUUUGCAUGAUCGGAGCCGGAGGAUUUAUUGGCUCUCACCUCUGCGAGAAGCUCAUGUCGGAGACGCCGCACACGGUGCUCGCUCUCGAUGUGUACGGAGACAAGAUCAAGCACCUUCUCGAGCCGGAUUCUCUUCCCUGGGCCGGCCGGAUCCAGUUCCAUCGCCUCAAUGUCAAGCACGAUUCUCGCCUUGAGGGUCUCAUCAAGUUGGCCGAUCUGACUAUUAAUCUUGCGGCGAUAUGCACUCCUGCGGAUUACAAUACUCGUCCGCUCGAUACGAUCUACAGCAAUUUCAUUGAUGCGCUUCCUGUGGUGAAGUACUGCUCGGAAAAUAAUAAGCGUCUCAUUCAUUUCUCAACGUGUGAAGUGUAUGGGAAAACUAUUGGGAGCUUUCUUCCCAGUGAUAGUCCUCUCCGUCAGGAUCCUGCUUAUUAUGUACUCAAAGAGGAUACUUCCCCAUGCAUUUUCGGUUCUAUUGAGAAGCAGAGGUGGUCGUAUGCAUGUGCUAAGCAACUUAUCGAGAGGCUUAUUUAUGCUGAGGGCGCUGAGAACGGACUUCAGUUCACAAUUGUUAGACCUUUCAACUGGAUUGGGCCAAGGAUGGAUUUUAUUCCAGGCAUCGACGGUCCAAGCGAAGGUGUCCCUAGGGUUCUUGCAUGUUUCAGUAAUAAUCUUCUUCGCCGUGAACCACUUAAGCUUGUGGACGGUGGACAAUCACAGAGAACUUUCAUCUACAUCAAGGAUGCCAUUGAAGUUGUUCUGCUUAUGAUUGAAAACCCAGACCGAGCAAACGGACAUAUCUUCAAUGUGGGCAACCCGAACAAUGAAGUUACAGUGAGACAACUUGCAGAAAUGAUGACAGAGGUCUAUUCUAAAGUGAGCGGAGAAGCCCCGAUAGACAGCCCGACGAUCGAUGUCAGCUCCAAAGAAUUCUACGGUGAAGGGUACGAUGACAGCGACAAGAGAAUUCCUGACAUGACAAUUAUCAACCGUCAACUCGGAUGGAACCCGAAGACAUCCCUAUGGGACCUGCUCGAGUCAACACUGACUUACCAACACCGGACAUACUCGGAGGCCAUCAAGAAGGCCAUCUCGAAGCCGAUCGCAUCCUAGUUGAGCUCUUCGCUCGCUCCCUCCUCUCGGGUAAGAUGGAUUUUUAUACAUUCGUUAUAAGCGUAUUUUUCGUAGAUUAAUGUCUCGACAACUUUCCGAUGUACCCGAUCAUACCUUUGUGUACCCUUCUCGCUUACGUUCGGGUAUUCAAUUUCUGUUCUAUUCGGAUUCGGUAGACUUGCCGAGAGAGGCUUAGUAGUGAUAUGAUAAUAGGGUUUGGAGGCAAUUUGGAAAGCCAGAGACUUUGUUAUAUAAACUGGGGGAAGAAGCUGUGACUUCUGUGUUUUGGUUCUCUCUUCUUUCUCCCCCUUUCAUUUGUAUUUGUUUCGUUUUACCUCCUUAAAAGCUAAACAUUGGCUAAAAUUAUUAUUUAAAACUGCUA